AUUACGCAACACCCUGAAUAGCCAACAUAAAGCACCCUGCACAGUGCACACACACACACACUGUCUGCUGCACAGCAAAGAGUUUAGAAGUGUCGAUUCAUUUAGUGAAAAUGUCUGGGAAAGUUGUGCUGUAUUACGUGAAUGGAAGAGGGAGAAUGGAGUCGGCCCGAUGGCUUUUGGCCGCAGCUGGAGUCGAGUUUGAGGAGGUGUUUUUGACCAAAAGAGAGCAAUAUGAUAAACUGCAGAAUGAUGGAGCCCUGAUGUUUCAGCAGCUGCCUUUGGUUGAAAUAGAUGGGAUGCAGCUUGUCCAGACAAAGGCUAUCUUGAAUUACAUCGCUGGAAAAUACAACCUCUAUGGAAAAGACCUUAAAGAACGGGCUUUGAUUGACAUGUAUGCAGAGGGAACCCUCGAUCUAAUGGAUCUUAUCAUAAUGUCUAUUUUCACACCACCUGAAAACAAAGAGAAAUAUUUCAGUGAUAUAGAGCAAAAGGCAAAAGAGCGCUUCCUUCCUGUGUAUGAAAAGGGUCUUGCCAACUCUGAUUUCCUGGUGGGAAACCAGUUGAGCCGCGCUGACGUUCACCUUCUGGAAGCCACUCUGAUGCUGCAGGAGAUAUUCCCUACAAUACUGUCAACCUUUCCCAAAAUCCAGGCGUUUCAGGGAAGAAUGAAGGCCUUACCAAGAAUCAACAAGUUCCUUCAGCCCGGCAGUGCAAGAAAACCUCCGAUUGAUGAGGCGUAUCUGAAAACCGUGAAGGAAGUGUUUAGCCACCUCUUUAAGUAGAAGGACCGACAUUUAGAUGAUGUUAAUCACUAAUUCAUUUACAAGCUUCAUUAUUAAAACUGAGACGCUAAAAUGGACAGAUUUAUUUGGAAUGUGCAAGAUACAGUGAUAAUAUUGGGAUAUGAACACUGCAGCUGUUCAGUGCUUGUUGUCAGGAAGUGUGUGUGUCCAUGAGCUCUUAGAAGAUCAGAAUCCGGAAAACCAUCAGGAGGCUGAAAUAAGAACAUGAAUAAACUCUCAGACAGAUCAUCAUGUUAUAUUGAUGUUUAUUACUAUUAAUGGAUCUAUUGGAGCAUAUAAAUAAAAGAAAAUAUUCAAUAUCA